AUCAGCACAACGCCGCUGCCGGGUCAUUGGAGCGAUAGUACAGCUCAGUCGCUCCUCGGCUUCCCAGUGACACUGUUCCCGUGAGCGAGCAUCAUGGACUUCGUACUACGUGUUGUUUUAAUUGUGUUUUGUUUUAAAUACGCCGCAUUUGCUGACUCGCCAUGUGUCAUCGAGCUGGAGUGCGCCGAGUGCAUCCCGGACAACAUGCCGCUGGUGACGUCACACCGCGCCGCCAACGGCACGAUCGUAGUGGAGGCGGGCGACGAGCUGAUGCUGGUGUGCAGCGGCGGCAAGUUCCUCGCGUACCCGCUGCGGGACACGCUGGCCGCCGUGUGCGAGCGCGGCCGCUACCGGGUGCGGCACGACGGCGCCCUCAGGCACCUCAUAGAGCUCGGCUGCCAGGAGAACGUGUUUGAAGACGUCUUGCACGAGGUGGCGGACUGUGCGCCCCCGCUGCAAGGCCGCGCGUACCAGACGCAGGCGGGCGGCGGCGUGCGCCACCUGGCGGCGCUGUGCUUCGACGCCGACCGCGGGCUGGCGCGGCUCGCGCGCCUCGCGGCCGGCGGCGCGCCGCCGCUGCCGCCGCACACACACCGCGCCGCGCCGCUCACGCUGCUCGGCAACUUCAACCACAUGUUCGACGCGAAGAACCGCCACGACGCCGCCAUGCUGUACUCGGACGACGCGCGCAUGAACCGCCGCCUGCGCGAGCUGCUGCGCCACGACCGCCACUCGUUCGCCGACCAGGCGCUCACCGCCGCGAGGCUGCUCGGCUCGCACUACUUCGACGACCAGAACAUGCGCGUCGCGGACUUCGUGUCCAACAGGGUGGCCGUGUGGCGCAGCGUGGCGCUCGGCAACCUGCGGCACGUGCAGCGCGACGUGGCGCGCGCGCUGCACGCGCCGGCCGCGCCCGCCACGCUCGCGCUGCUGGCGGGCACGCGCGGCGUGGCCAAGCUGCGGGCCGGCCGCGACCGCACCGCCCUCUACCUGAAGGCGGGCGAGCGGUUCCCGGUGCCCGAGUACAUCUGGACGCUGGUCGUCGACACCCGCCGGAGGAAGGCGCUGGCCGUAGUCGUGCUCAACGACCCGUUCGUGGCCGUCAGCGAGAUCAGGAACGCGGUGUUCUGCGAGAGCGCGUGCUCCAGCGUCGGCUGGCUCCACGACCUGAAGAGGAACCGCAACUACGAGACCCCCGUGUACGGGCUCGCGUUUUGUUGCAGCCUCCAAAAUUUCACUAAAGUGGUCACGGAUCUACCCCGAGAUAUUUUAAAAGAUUUGCCAAAUAUUGGUAUGCUGACUGAUUUAGCCAGUGACGAGUAAUAGCUGAAUACAUAAUUUUCAAUGGACUAAUAAAUACUUGUACAGACCCAGAUAUUGUGCGCUCAUUGAUUUAGUGAUGAUCAAGAAUGAGAAGACGGACUUCGAAACUAAUUGUGUGAACUUUGAUCAAUUUAUUCAUUGAUGUAAUUGUUAUACUUAAUUUAGGUGUACAAGCAUAAUAGAUUGUUUUUAGUUUGUAGCAUGUAAUUAGGUAAUUAACAUGAAAUAAAGUUUUAUAAACACA